ACCGGAGAGUAAAUUCCGGUCUCCCUCUAUAAAUAGUGCCAAGAACUCUACCUUUCCUAGCCCUUUUCUCCGCCAUCUCUGCCCUGCAAUUUGCAGGGAGAGCCCUAAGCAAGAACACGCGCAGAAUCUCUCCGAGAGAUCAUAAAGAGCCCCACAUCUAUCUUCAUCGCUAUGUCGAAAGAUGAAUCAAUCAAUGGAAUCAUCAACAGUGUAGAAUUUCCAGCCGUUGCAGACGGCGGCAUCACCACUGAUGUCAAUAAGAAGAAUCCACCGCAGCCGGCGGUGAAUGAAGGGAGAAAGAAGAAGCGUGGCGCUUUCAGCCUCCUCAAAUCAGCAGUAUUCAUGCUUCGCAAAAGCCAGAACAAGAAAUUUGCUAAAUCGGAUAAAUCAAAAGUGGAUUCUUCAAAGGGAAAUUGGCAGAAGAUCGUAGGAUCAAUCCGACCUUUGCAUCUUCAAGAGGACAAUUCACCACCACCUUCAAAUCCAUCCCUUUCCAUCUCGACAAGCGUGGAAAGGUUUGACGGCCUAAUCCGGCCUGCCUCCCCGUACUCCUCCGUGGCCUCCUCGUCCGCCUCCCCCAUCUCCGGUGGUACUAUUAGCCAAUACGCUUCAGCAAACAACCUUCAAGAGCUCGAUGAAGAAGACGGCUAUGAUUCUGACAAUGUUUUUGACUCGCUGGCUGGAGACGAGAUGAUAGAUGCCAAGGCGGAGGAAUUCAUUAAACGAUUCUACCAGCAAAUGCGGCAUCAAAACUUGAAAAACUGAAUCACAUGCCGCCGCCAUCAAAAUUGAAAACAAGUGAAGGAGUUCAGUUAACCUAAUAUGAAGCGCCACGCCAUGCAUGUAUACACAACUCCAUCCCUGCAUGCACGCACGUAGUAUAUUUAAUGGCUCUUUACUAUUUGUUCCCUACUUCACAUUUCAUUUUUUAUGGUUCUAUUGCUUUAUGAUAAUGAUCAUCAGAUCAUCUGUGCAUUUAGAUUAGUUUUAAGGAGGGGAUUCUAUAAAAUCAAAGGCAGAAAAUUGGGUUUGAUUAGACAUUUUCAUUUUGGAAUAAAUAUGUUAAUCUACAUGCAUUACAUCAAUUACAUGUUUUUUGUAUUUUUUUGAUCUAGUUUUGAUUAAUAAAGAUAACUUUUGAUCAAACCAAA